UUCCUGCGUGCGGCGAGCGCCCUGCCCGCCCCGCCGGCUGGCCCCGCGGGAGCAGGAGGGAGCCCGGGCCCGCGCUCCCGGCGGCGGCACAGUCUCGGGAGCAGCGCCGCGCCGAGCGCGCCGAGCCUCGGACAAUGGGGCCGCGGCGGCUGCUGCUCGUGGCCGCGGGCCUGAGUCUGUGCGGCCCCCUGCUGUCGGCCGGCACCCGGGGCCGCAGGCCAGGGUCAAGAGCAACAAAUGCUACUGUGGACCCCCGGUCCUUUUUCCUCAGGAAUUCCCAUGAUCAGUUUGAACCAUUCCCACUGUCGGGGGAGUCCGAGGAGAAAAACGAAAGCGGGUUAACUGAAGACAGGUUCAGCUCUAUCGACAAAAGCAGUGCUCUUCAAAAACCGCCCCCGGGGUUCGUCUCCAAAGAUGCCUCGGGAUACCUGACAAGCACCUGGAUGACCCUCUUUAUCCCCUCCGUCUACACUGGCGUGUUUGUGGUAAGCCUGCCUCUCAAUAUCAUGGCCAUCGUCGUGUUCAUCCUGAAGAUGAAGGUCAAGAAGCCUGCCGUGGUGUACAUGUUACACCUGGCCACGGCGGACGUGCUCUUUGUGUCUGUGCUCCCGUUUAAGGUCAGCUAUUACUUUUCCGGGAGCGAUUGGAAAUUUGGGCCUGAGAUGUGUCGCUUCGUCACGGCCGCGUUUUACUGUAACAUGUAUGCCUCCAUCAUGCUCAUGACAGUCAUCAGCAUCGACCGGUUUCUGGCAGUGGUGUACCCCAUCCGGUCCCUCUCCUGGCGUACGCUGGGAAGGGCGUCCGUCACGUGUCUGGCCAUCUGGGCUCUGGCCAUCGCGGGGGUGGUGCCUCUCCUCCUGCAGGAGCAGACCACCCGGGUCCCGGGGCUCAACAUAACCACCUGUCAUGACGUGCUCAACCAGACCCUGCUCGAAGGCUAUUAUGCCUAUUACUUCUCUGCCUUCUCUGCCGUCUUCUUUUUUGUGCCGUUGGUCGUUUCCACAGUCUGUUACGUGUCUAUCAUUCGAUGUCUUAGCUCUUCCGCAGUCGCCAACCGCAGCAAGAAGUCCCGGGCUCUGUUCUUGUCGGCUGCUGUUUUCUGCAUCUUCAUCAUUUGCUUCGGACCCACAAACGUCCUCCUGAUUGUGCACUACUCGUUUCUUUCUCCGGAUUCCACGACAGAGGCCGCCUACUUCGCUUACCUCCUCUGUGUCUGUGUCAGCAGCAUAAGCUGUUGCCUCGAUCCCUUGAUCUACUAUUACGCUUCCUCUGAGUGCCAGAGGCACCUCUACAGUAUCUUAUGCUGCAAAGAAAGUUCUGACCCCAGCAGUUAUAACAGCAGCGGUCAGUUGAUGGCAAGUAAAAUGGAUACCUGCUCUAGUAACCUGAGCAACAGCAUAUACAAAAAGCUGUUAACUUAGGAAAAGGGACUGCCAGUGAGUUAAAAAGAAAAGGUUACAAAAGCAUGUAACCUGAGGAUUCUGUUAGUCUUUGCCAAAAAAGUAUUUACUUUACCAUCUAAAACAAGAAAUGUAUGAUUUGCAUGCCUCCUCCUUACAAAACCCUUAAGCAUACAUAUUUGUUCAUUACAGGAAAAGAUAACAGGAAUAGAAAACAGCAUUGUUCCAAGAGAGUGUUACCAAUGCUACAGUAAUAACUGGAUGUCACUUUUUGAUGUAUUUAGGUGACAUAUGUCUUUUUGUGUGUGUGUAUAUGUCUGUGUACACACACACUUUUGUCAUCUGCAGUGCAGUAUAGAAUAGACACUUUGAAACCCUCCUUUUUUUUUCCCUUAGAGAUUAUGGAAAUAAACUCUGCUUCUCUGAUUUAAUAUGCAGAGUUUAGGUUGGUGGAAUUUAGCCCUGAACAUCUGGAGCUGUCCAUCAAUAGUGAGGGAUUCUAUAGCUUGGACUUACAGCUUUUGCAAAUAAGUGUAUUUUGAAAUUGUUCAGCAGCAGUGUUUAAGUUAUUGAGGGAUAAGACUUAGUAUUCUGUGUGUAGAAAAAGUUCUACUGUUUUUCAUUUUAAAUAUAUCAAAUUUUGAACUCUUUAAAUUAUGAAAAUAGAUGAUAUGGGUAGAAUUUUUGAUGGUUUACACUCUGUACAUGUAAACCAAAAGGGAGCAUAGGUCCCACUAGUGACCUUAGGUUGGCUUUCAAAGUUCCCCACCCCCGGAUGGAGGACUCCCAGCGGUAGACACAGGCAGGGCCGUUUCAGACAUGGAUUGGCCAGAAGCCCUCCAUCUGAGCCUCCCAGAGAGCAGAGGGACAGGAUCCCACAUUUGCUCUCUCCUCCUGGGGUUCCCUCAAGUGUGGGCUCUGAACUGAUCAUGUUUAUUAGAAAUUGGCCAGGGCAGGCCCCAUGGCCUAGUGGUUCAGCGUGCUCCACUUUGGCGGCCCAGGUUCAGUUCCCAGGCACGGACCUACACCACUUGUCAGCAGCCGUGCUGUGCUGAUGACCCAUAUACAAAAUAGAGUAAGAUUGGCACAGACGUUAGCUCAGGGCAAAUCUUCCUCAAGCAAAAAAAAAAAGAAAUUGGCCAAGUUGACUGUGCUAUCCCUGGAGAUAGUGAAUAUAAAAGACUUCUCUGCUCGUUUUAAGAAUGGAGAAAGAAGGCUCAUUCACUUCUAGCAGUGCCCUGCAAGGACCAUUCUCAGAUGGAAACACCCAUGAGCAAACGUGAACACCCAUUGUGUGCUCUGGGCUUAGAGAGUUGAGUAAGACCGAGACCUGCCCUCAAGAAGAACAAGAUAGACGGAUGCGUAGAGUGUGAUAUGUGUAUAAUAAAUGUGUCAUUGUAUGAAGAAGUGUUUUUAGCGAGAAGUCACCAAGCGAGUCUCGCACAAGCAAGGCCUGUCAGUUGAAGAACUUUGAACAUCUGGGUUACUGCUUCCUGUGGUUAUAACUUGAGAUGAAAACAUAAUACAAUACCGUGUAUUUUUUAAAAUAAGUCCUUCAGUCUACAUUAAUUGGACACUAUUUAUUUAUAAAUGCUUUCAAUAAAUCAGGUUUUUUAAAAAGAAUCAAUUAUGUCAGUCUGAUUAGAAAUAACAGAAGAAAAUGAAAUUGACUUUGAAAUCUAGGAAAAUUAUUCUAUAUUUUUCCAUUCACUUGUCUUAUUUUGAUUGAGAUGAUUUUAAAAGCAUUUUUUAACCCCUUGAUGAGUAUCAAGUACAGAAAAUCCUCAUGGAUUUGACAAAAUAAUUUGAAAAUGAGGUUGAAAUGAUCUUUUUUCCUUAUGAAAAGAUGUAAGCAUUUUAAACAAACAAGAAAAGUGGAAAGUUGCAAGGCAAAUGCUUACCUAUUUAGAAGAGCAAACUAUUUCCAAAUGCCUCAGAAUAAUUUACAUAAAAGUAUGUAUUGUAAGUAGAAGCUAGCGUUGAUUUUAUUAAUUUAGUUACUCUAUUCAUUUUAUCCAACUCAGUGGAGAUUUCCCAUCAUUGUUUAUUCAGUCUGUCUGUAUUAAAAUACCUCUGACUUAAUAUUACUGUCAUUAGUAUAUUAUCAAUCUGUACUUAUAAAACAUUAUGUCACUGUUUUUAUGUUCUCUUUUUUAAAAAUUUUAUGUAACCUAUAUUAAUAAACAUGAACGUUUGCUUGGUA